AUGAUUGACCCGAUGAUUGAUCACAUGGUUAUCCCGCACAUCAUCACCAUCAUCAUUUCUAUCAUUCGCAUCAUCAGUAGUUUCGACCGUUAUCAUUCAUAUUAUCAUUGUUAUUGAUAUAUUGUUAUCAUAUAUCGUCAUGCAUGUUCUAUAAAUAGAUUUUUUGCGAUCAGCUGUGUCGACGGUCAUCGACGCCAUUUUAUAUUGAAUAAGAAAUGGGCUACGCUACGCGAAUAAGGAACUGGUUUGACGAUUACUGAAAUCAUUUUUCCUGCCUGAAUUUACUGCAGAGAGCAUAUCAUCAGCAGAAAUUAAUUAUCAUUAUGGGUAAUUUUCAGAGUAUGCAAAAUUCGAAUGUCCAACAAGUGGAAAUCGCUGCAAAUUCGGCGUAUAGAUUUCCACCCAAGUCAGGAUGUUACUUUGGAAGCCAUUUCAGUAUGGGAGGACAGAGGUUUGAAACACCACAGCCUGAAGCUUAUCUGUUCGGAGAAAAUGCCGAUGUCAAUUAUCUCAACUCUAGACCUGCUCCAUUUCCGUACCCGGCACCCCAACCGAAUGAACCAACUAAGACACUGAAGAGUCUUGUCAAUAUCAGAAAGGAUUCACUGAAACUAGUCAAGGCUGUCAGUACGACCGAUGAGGAAUCCGAGUCCCCUUCUACACGAUACUCCAUAGAGUUCAUCUUUGAUAGUGAGGCCAAGACGGCUAUCACCGUUUACUUCUUUGCCACAGAAGAGAUCGCUGCAGGAAGGGCAGUGUACACAGCAAGGAAUGCUUCUUUGAGGUCAGAGACCUUUAGGUAUGAGAGAGGAGCGAACCAGGUCUUUGCUCAACCAGCAUUCACCUUUGACCCCUCAGACUUUGAUGAAGGAGAGUUCAACUAUGAUCCAUUGAAGGAUGUGAUCCCCAUUGUCAUUCAGUGUACUGUAGAUGAAGGGGAUGAGCAUUCCGGCCAUUGUCACACCCUGAUAGCGACCUUUGAACAGGCUGCUGAUGGAGCCUACGCUAUCAAACCAAUGAAACAAAAGCAGAUGGUAGAGGGCGUCUUCUAUCUUCUGCAGGAGAUCUACGGUAUCGAGAACAAGAACAAUCCUGAUGCACCUAAGCAACCAGACGAAGAGGAGUUCAUUGAUGAUGAUGACAAUGGUUCUGAUUGUGUGAUCUGUAUGUCAGAUGCCAGAGACACCCUCAUACUGCCAUGUAGACAUCUGUGUCUAUGUAAUGGAUGUGCCGACUCCCUGAGGUUUCAAGCUAGCUGUUGUCCAAUUUGUAGAGCUCCUUUCCGAGCCUUGCUUCAGAUCCGUGCUCUGAGGAAAGUAAUCGGCAACCCAACUCCAGUAGAUGAUGAAGAAUCAUCCAUGAGUCAAGAGAAUGUACCGCCAGGCUACGAGGCCAUCCCUCUGGGUGAAGCUCUCAAUGGGCCGGGCAAGAGUGUACAAGGAGCAGAGGGUGGAGCCACAGGUGGAGGAGAGUCAUUAUCUAGAUCAGGGACUUCAGAAGGACGAAGAAAAAAGAAGAAGAGCCGCACAAGCUCGCUGGCCUCGCUGAGAAGCCGUGGUGCUGCCACGCCCGCUGCGGUCGUCGAUCAGGCCAACUCGUACCAGGAGGUGAAUGAGAAGAACGAGAUGAGGAUCGAUAUCAGGGAUGGGAAGAAGAAAGGGGAGGAGAAGAAAGAGGACGACAUCCCGGUCAUCAGCAGCUCCAAUCUGCAGACGCCUCAGAAGACAGUAGCUCCUGUCUCCAUUGAAAACCUGGGUGCAGCAGCUUUAGCCCUGAAUGGAGAUCAAGGUAACACCAUGGUGGUGACCCUACCCCCGGAGACAGAGACCAACCUUGAUGAUAGAAGUCCUGUUGAGGUCCUGGACUUGGAAUCUGAGCCCAAACCUGGCUCGUAUCACCUAGACCAUGAGGAAGCAGUAGCCGAUCCCAAGGAGCUCUCAGCCAAUGUGUUUCUUGAAAGCAACUCCAAAUCUCCCGAUGCCAUCUCACACGGUCCGUCCCUGUUAAAUGUUGACAUUGAUCUACCCGGAACCCCAACCAGUGAUUCUAACACAUCGCCAAGCACUCCUUUGGAAGUCAACAGUUCACUAAGUUCCAACAGUCAGAGACAGAUGCUGUCAACCCCAAGCAACAUCCAGCUCGAGGAGGCUGCCAGUAAGGACCCUAUCGUCUAACCAGCUCAUCGAUCUACCAGGAACCCCAAUUAGGGAUUCUAGAACUGCCCCAGGUACCUUGUGAAUCUUAAUAGUUCACUCAGUUCUAAUAGUCAGAGACAGAUGCUGUUAACCCCAAGCAAUAUCCAGCUAGAGGAAGCUACCAGUAAGGACUUUACUUUUACUUAUGCCUUUGGCCCCUCCUAUUGCCCCUUCUAAGACACAGGCCUGUCAAAAAGGAUCCACCUGGCAGAGUGGACCUGAGCCAACGUCUCCAGAUCUUUCCAUGUGUGGCCCAUGCUUUUAGCAUCUUCAUCCAUGUCUCUGCGCCAUGAGUUUUGAGGCCUUCCCCUCUUCCUCUUUCCUUGAGGAUUCCAAGACAGCAAGUGAAGACCCUGUCGUCUAAAUUCCAUUUGGUGACACCAGAUGACCUGAUGACAUUACUUAAAGUUUGUUAGAGCUCUAUGAAGAAUGACCUGGCUUUUGAAGUUCUUGCAUCAACUUUAGCACAAGAUAUUUUGAAUAUGUAAUGUCCACUCAUUGUAUUUAAGAUGUAUUAUAUCAACUCAUGUGUGGAUGUUCAACUGUUAUAUUGUCUGUAUCAUAUUAGUCAUAUAUGUAAAGAUCACUGCACACCUUAUGAUUGGUCUGUGACCCAUUUUGGAAUAAAACGUAAGAUUAGAUGCAAAUAAUGAGACAUGAAACAUCUUUCUUUGGAAAGUUCUUAAUCCUCGAAGGAAUACUUAUGCUUAAAAUCUGUGACAAUGCUACCUUCCUAAUGAGAAUAGAAGAAAAUUCAAUAUUUAAUCAUAAUGACAUCUUAACAGUCGUUCGAUCGGCCUUGAUAUGAAACCAAUUUGGCCUCAACUCCAAAGUAAUGGCUUGCAAUCAUCCAAAAUUGUUAUUAUAUUAGUAUUCUACAUUUACUUUGAACCUAAAGAAAGUAUAUACCUAUUUAUCAUUCACUUAUUGAGAAAAUAAACAAAAAUGCAAUUUGUUCCAAAAUUGGAUCAUAGACCAGUCAUAAGGUGUUCGGAGACCUUUAGAGAGAUUAGUUUAACCAACAGAUGAGAAAAAAAAUAUGUAUUUAAAUAUUUUUUCACAUCCAAUACAUUAAAAGAUAUGCAUGGAAGUCGAAGUACACUACAAAUACUGCAUGUAGACUCCUUUUUCCUAUUUUGUUUUUCUAUUCUUUUCAGUUCCUGCCCUUUUUUCUUCAGGUGAAGAAUGGUCAUUGGCUCAGGCUAGUGGUUCUUUGAAUCUAUGUAUUGCUCUUUUUUAAGCAGGAGUUAGAUUUAGUUAUUGUGCAUGCAUCCAGCACCUAGUUUACUUAGUAUUCUAUUAUCCUUGAAAAAUAAUUGUAAUUCCAUUUCUUGUACAUGUGCAAUUCAUCAAUUUUGAGUGUUACCACCUGAGUAUACUAGAUUCGUAGAAGUUACUAUCAAGUGUAUCUAAGCCUGUCAUCUAGUUGCAUGUUGUUUUAAUAUGCUACUUUCUGUAUUUAUGUAUUGUUAUGCCAUGUAGGUCUUUAAUUGAUUGGAGAGUGGCAUCCUGUGUUAUGUGUAGAAUAUGAGUCGUGAAAGGGGGACAGCUAAUGUUUAAUUAUCAAAGCAUGACAAAAAGCAUGAUUAUUAUUGCAUAUUCCAUAUUUGUUCACCAUCGUAAUCACAGGUGUUUUGUUUUUGUCAGCCCUUGUGCAGAGGGAAGGGGGAUAUUGUGUCAUGAGAUAACAUGGCACAAACCUCUUAUGUUAUGAAUGUAGUAUUAUGGUAAGUGUUUGCCCCCCCCCCCCCCUCUUUCAUGAUGGGGUUCAGGAACCAUGUAUGUGGUGUAUCGUAUCAAGGUCAUGUAUCUAAAUUUGAUUUGUUAAUAUCAUAAAUUAACUUCUUCAUAUAAUGUAGUAAUUUGUUUGAGGUCAAUAUAACUUGUAUCCUCAAGAUGGGGGUUUUGUGUGUGUUAUCUAUAGAACCUAAAAAAAUUGCCUUUAACUUUUUUUGAGAUGUUUCAAAGGACCAGAUUUGAGCAAGGCCGUACAUAAUUUAUUUUUUUUCCCUGGUGGGACACGACGCAUAAAGAAUUAUGGGAUUGUAGGUGACCAAGCUUAUCAUUUGGGCAUGUUUACAUCUUCUAAAGUGAUAUUGAAGGAUUUUGUGUGCACUUAUAGAUCAUUUUGUGGAAAUUCCCGGUAAAAAAAAUGUAAGUUUUCAAAAUUUCUGGGGGCAAUUGCCCCCUAUGCUGCAUACAGCCUUGGUCAUGACUAAGUUUCUGAAUAUUUCUAUUAAUAAACAAGUUUCUCCUUAUCUGCUAACUUAAAAUAUGAAUGUAGAGGUUAACAACUCAAAGCAGAGUGGGAACGGGUCUCGGUAUCUGUAUGAGUAAAAGCACAGAGGUGCCCAUUCCAAAAUUUAGGACGCCUCUAUAGUAUCAAACGAAUAAAUUCAAGGGACUCUACAUAAACAAUAGAGGUACAUUGAAAGUGUUUUGUAUUUUGAAAGCAUGGAAAAGUUAGUCUGAUGCUUUUAUUUGCUUUGUUAAAAAUCUUGAUGUUCCUUUGAGCUUAUGAAGAGAUGGUGUAGUGGUCCACCUGCACUCCCCCCCAAUCAGUUAUAUCAGGAGAGACCUGCGGGUCAUAGUGAUUCAGUUCACUUUUCGCCUCCCAGGCACAGGUGACGCCAAACAAAUAAUAAUAAUACACUGUGGAUAUGUUUCAUAAAGCUGUUCGUGAGUUAAGAGUAACUUUAAGAGCGACUGAUGAUCCUUUCUUACGCGCUAAAUAAUCACCAAUGAACAUUUAAUGGUGAAUAUCAUUUACCACAAGAAAGGAUCACCAGUCGUUCUUAAAGUCACUCUUAACUUAUGAACAGCUUUGUGAAACGGCCCCCAGUAUACUGUCAUUUGGGGUGUUCAAACAUUCUGUUGCAAAAUUCGUUUUUGAGGCCAGCACAGAAAAGGCUGUAUUAUGGAAAUAUUACAAGGGUAGCAACCAUCACAUGUCUGAAUUUCUGAAAACUGUCUCCCAAUCCCUAUAGAGAACUCUUUCUAGGCAUAAAAGUUUGCCACUGUAUCUAUGCUGAAACGCUAAAAUCAAUCCUUCUUGAGCUGUCCUCAAAAUGUUUGAAUUUCAAAAUCCUGGCGAUGAUGAUGAUGUUUUUUAUUCAAAGAGAAGGAAAUGUUAAAUAUUUAUAAAAGAAGAUACUUAAAUCAUGUUUGUAAUCAAGUAGUAAGGACAUUAGCUAUUAUAUUUUUAUAUUAUUUACUCUUAAAGGGAUGAAUGUUUUCUUCCCAUGUUCUUGUAUAUGCUGUCAUUUACCUUUUGAGAAGAUCCAUAGUAUAUGUAGGUAGUACAAUGUAAAUGUAUUGUAAAUGUAUUUGAUCUUGUACAUAUUGAUCAUAUAAAAUAAACAUAUAAUUAUCACAACA